AUGCAUUGUCCCCGGUCGUCAACAACCGAAAAAGAGCCGCCGGGCUAUAACUGGGGGUGCCUUGGGCAACCAAUUGUAAAAACAUCACAGGCUACGCGUGGCAAAACCAUACCAAGCCAUCGCACGCGCACACCAGAAAACGCACUAGCAUUGGAGAUUUUAAAUGAAAACAGCAGUGACAGUUCUACUGAAGAAGAAGAAAUAGAAUUAUCACGAAUUCAAACAGUUCAACCUCGCAUUAAAAAUUACAUGGACACAAUAAGUGAAUAUUCAGACGUAGAGUUUAAAAGCCAUUUUCGGAUGUCAUGUGUAGUAUUUACAUAUUUAUUAAAUUUAAUAAAACCUACCUUAGUAAAGCAAUCCAACCUUAGAUAUGGACUACGUACAAUUCUACCAGAUGUACAAUUAUUAGUUGCACUAUGGACUAUGGCAACACAUGACUCGUAUAGAUCAGUUUGUGACCGAUCUAACAUUGAACGUGCGAUUGGUUGGCAUGCUAAAAAAAGAGUUUGUAAAGUGAUUUAUUCAUUAGCACCUCAAUUUAUCAAGUGGCCGUAAAGGAACCGUAAAAGAAAGAAUAUACAUAAACCAAAGAAACAUGCAGAAAGUUACAUAAAUCGAAAGGGUUAUCAUUCGAUACUGUUGCAAGUUAUAUGUGAUUCCACAUUGAAAUUUAUUUAUUGUUAUGCAGGACAAUCUGGAUCAGUACAUGAUAUGCGUGUAUUCCAAUUAAGUGGUAUUCAGUCUAUUUGUACCGAAAACUACUUUUUACAAAAUAGUCAUUUGUUAGGUGAUGCAGCAUAUGCUUUGCAAAAAUAUAUAAUGGUGCCUUAUAAAAACAACGGCCAUUUGACAAAAGCACAAAUAAAUUUUAAUCAACGUUUAUGUUCAGCCCAUGUAAUGGUUGAAAGAGCCAUUAGCUUAUUAAAAGGACGUUUUCGUAGUCUCUUAGACAAUUUAUAUAUGAAACGGACGGAUCUCGUACCUCAAUACGUUAUUGCUUGUUGUGUGCUGCACAACAUUUGUAUUUUACAUAAAGAUUUUAUAGAUAUUAUAAUUAAUGAAACAGACAAUAUUCCCGCGAUUGCACAUCAUGUUCAAAUUAAUGCUCAAAAUAAAGAAAAAGGAGUUCAAAAAAGAAAUGCAUUAAAAUAUACGUUAAACGAAAGAUUGUAA